AUGAUAGGUGAGGGAGCAUACUCAAUAGUGUACAAGGUAAAAAGAAUUGAAGACAAUUCAGAGUAUGCCUUAAAAAAAGUUAAUCUUACAAAUUUGAGUGAUAAGGAGAAAUAAAAUGCCUUAAAUGAAGUCAGAAUAUUGGCAUCCAUCAAAAAUCCAUAUAUCAUUAGCUACAAGGAAGCUUUCAUUGAUGUUAAUAGUAAUUCAUUAUGUAUUGUAAUGGAACUAGCAGAUAACGGAGAUCUCUUAUAAUCAAUUUAGAAAUGUGCCAAAUCUAAUACAACGAUGAGUGAAAAUGACAUUUUGAAAAUUACCUUUCAAAUUGCAAGUGGUUUAAAAGCAUUGCAUGAUUUGAAAAUAUUCCAUAGAGACUUAAAAAGUGCAAAUGUUUUUUUGUAAUCCAACGGAGAUGUGAAAUUGGGAGACAUGAAUGUUUCAAAAGUAGCCAAAAAGGGAUUACUCUAUACACAAACAGGAACACCAUAUUAUGCAAGUCCUGAAGUAUGGAAGGAUCUGCCCUAUGAUCAGAAAUCAGAUAUCUGGUCGUUGGGAUGUGUCACAUACGAAAUGGCUGCACUCAAACCACCCUUUAGAGCUGAAGAUAUGGAAGGACUCUACAAGAAAGUUAUAAGAGGCCUAUAUCCAAAACUUCCAUCAUAAUAUUCGUAAGAUUUGCAGAAUGUCAUAAGAAUGAUGUUGUAGGUCCAAACCAAUUUAAGACCGACAUCAUACGCUCUAACUGAACUCCCCUAUUUCAAUAGAUUUAAAACACACAUCAUAGAUGAUCAAAGCAAAUUGCUCAAUACCAUCAUAUUCCCAAAGAACCAAAUUUCUAUAGCAAAUAUGUUGCCUAAAGCCAAUUACAACAAUCAUAAAUUCAAAACUGAGGCCAAUCAACAUAGUGACACACAGGAAACUAUUCAAAGACAUAGACAAACAACUCUUGGAGCUGGUUCGCAUCAAUCUUCACCAAAUCCUACUAGAAUUUCGCAAUAUCUGGCAGAGUAAGAAAUGCUAUUAAAAUAAUAGUAUUCAGUAAAUUAUGCUACAAAAAAUAAGAAAACACAUAACUAUUCUGAUAGGAAUGUGAUUGCCAAGAUCCUACUUGAGUAUUAGAAGGAAGUGCCCAUUUAUAAACAAAUAAAAUAACGAAAUCGAAGACUCUCGUAGGAGGAAACUCCGUAUCUAUAUCAGAGGAGAAUUAGUCAGCUUCCUGCUUUAGAGGAACAUUCUCCAAAUCAGAAACGACAUCCUCGGAAUUAGAGUAUGCCAACUUCCAAUUUACCUAUAAUCUGA